AUGAACCAUCUUUCUGUCUCACACUUCACUCAUUUGAGUUCCUUGACCAUCAUGGCUCCUCUCACAAACUUGCAUGGAGUCUCCAAGACCUUAAUACCCGUCACAUGCCUUCCAAAUGCACACAGGAGCAUAAAAAGAGGACAACUAGUUGGAUUUCUUGGAAGCAAAACACAAGAGGAACCAUCAGAAUGUCCAGUUCAGGCCACAAGAAGAGCAGCAGCAAUAGGGCUAACCACUAUAGUGUUUACAUGGCCAUUCAAUGACAAUAAUUCAUUAGCCAAAGAUAAUGGUUUCUGGGUUGAAGAUCACCCUCUUCCUCGACUAACUGUCUCUAACAAUAUUGCAAAUGAGAAAACGGGGACACGUUCUUUUCUUAAAAGGGGGUUGUUCAUGCCAAAUAUUGGACUGAAAGGAAGUGUGCAUAGGAUAAAGAAAUAUUCCUUUGAUCUUCUAUCGAUGGCAGAUAUGGUAGCAGAAGACACACUCAAUUAUGUGAGGAGGUACCUAAGACUCAAGUCUACCAUCAUAUAUUAUGAUUUUGACAAGCUUAUCUCUGCCACUCCAGUGGAUGAUGAAAAGCAGCAACUAACUGAUAUGGCAAACAAAUUGUUUGAUAAUUUUGAAAGGCUUGAAGAAGCUGCAAGGAAGAAAAGUCUACCUGAAACAAAAUCAUGCUAUCAGGAAACUGAAGCUUUGCUUAAAGAGGUCAUGGACCGGAUGGACAUAUUGUACGAAACAGUUUGA